AUGUACAGAAUAGAUGUUUCAGAUUUUUAUGACUUCCAAGCCUUCAGAAAUAUGUGUCCAUUUAGAGACUAUAACAAAGCAGUCGAGAAUUUGAAACGUUUAGUCAUUUAUGUCGACUCUGCCCCAGAAUGUUAUGUCAUGAAAGAAUGGGAUGUAGUCUUUAACAAACCAAGAGCAACAAUAGUUUCAGAACAAGAAUGUAGACAGAAACUUAAGAAAAUAAAAGUCGUACAAGUUGGUAUGAAGAUGUUAGAUGCUUGGGAUAUCUUAUUGUCAAAGUUAGAAGAUUUUUCAGUUCGUGGUAUAAAGUUUUAUACACCAUCUCCAAACUUCUAUUCUAUCUUCACUGGAUAUAAAUACGAACAAGUAGAAUGGAAAGAAAAUGUUAUAGAAGCUUGGUUAGACCAUGUCAAAGAAAUUAUAUGCAAUGGAAACGAAAGAGUCUAUGAGUAUAUCUUAUGUUGGUUUGCAAACAUCUUACAACAUCCAA